AUGCCAAUUGGUCUUCUCAGUCAUGCGGAGAUAUGCGCCAAGUUCGACCGACUGGUAUCUGCCGGGAUCAUUGCUUAUCAACCCAGCAAACCGGUUCUUGUUGCCGACAAAGGCAUGAUCUUCUGCUUUCACAUAGUCCAGACUUUGAAAAAUAAACCCCAGGCUGAUGACAAGUUCCAACUUUUGAACUCGGACGCGUCGGACCCUCAUGCGGGAACCUUUGGCCCCGGCAGCGAUCUAGCCAGAGAUCACCCUGAUGUCUGUAUCACCAUUGUUAAUGGAACCCAUUAUCUUGUGAUCAACAAAUUUCCGGUCUUCCGUCCUAUGCUUCUUUUGCUGACUGUGGACUCGUAUCGGAGACAACACGAGUCGCUUGAUCGCGAGGACUUGGAUGCGGGAUGGGGGAUGAUCUGCGAAAUGAAGGAGGAGCAUUAUCUUUUCUUUAAUUGUGGUGUCUUGUCUGGGUCUAGUCGGGCACAUAAGCAUUUACAAGUGGUUCCUGCCCCCGGGGCUCAUGAUGGAUACGGGGAGGGUUUCAAGUUCUUCCCGGAUUAUGAUUCGGUGCCGGAACAAGGCCCACCCGGGUUUGUUUAUUUCCUGCAAAAAUUUGGAGAUUUGCCAGAUGGAUUUGUCAAAGACAUCGAUCAAGUGCUAGAGAUCUAUUUGCGGCUGUUGCAACAGGCGCGAGAAUCACUUCAUUUGCCAGAAAGUGACCCGUGUCCUCAUAACUUUGUGUUGACCAAACGAUGGAUGAUGGUAAUACCCAGGAAAGAAAAGCUGUUUCAUGGGAUUACUGCCAACUCGGCGGCAAUGGUCGGCUCCGUUUAUCUGGAGAAUGAGAAACAGCUAAAUGCAUGGAAAGAGGUUGGCCCGAUGAAUGUUUUAGCCAACCUUGGGCUCCCUAGAGAACAAAUUAUAGAAUAG